AUGGCCAUCGCCCGUAACUUACAAGAUAUCCUUUUUAUGAUCAUUAAACAUAUGGAAUUGCAUACAAAUCCAAGUAUUAAAAAAAGUAAAGAUAUUAAACGGGGAGCCGAGACAAUAUUCGAAGAUUCCAAAAUCAGCAUGUAUUGCGAAACUAUGAUGCACUUAUUCAAAGGAAAUGUUGGUUCAGGAAUAUUUGCUCUUGGAGAUGCAUUUAGAAAUGCCGGAUUGUUUCUGGGUCCACCACUCACGAUAUUUCUCGGCAUCAUCUGUGUACACGCGCAACAUAUCCUCAUUGAAUGUAACGAUGAGGCAUGUAAACAUGUGGGUAAUAAUGUUAAGACAGAUAGUAUUGGAUAUGCCGGAACCGUCGAAUUAUGUUUUGAAAUAGGUCCACAGCGAUUACGAAAGUUUUCCGGACUAAUGAGAAAGAUAGUGAACCUAUUUAUAUGUGUAACGCAGUUUGGUUUUUGCUGCGUCUACUUUGUCUUCAUAUCAACAAACAUGUUGCAGGUUUUAGACCAGUAUGGAUUCCAUUUAAGCGUCCACUGGCACAUGGCCAUUGCUUUGCUUCCGAUAAUGAUGAGCACGUGGAUAAGAAACCUUAAGUACCUGGCUCCAGUUUCUUCUAUUGCUAAUUUAUUGGUAGUCGCUGGAUAUGUCGCGACCGUUUACAUUAUGAGUUACAACUUACCGCCAGUAAGCGAGCGUCAUUAUGUCGCCGACUACCAAUCAAUUCCUCUCUUCUUUGGCACUGUUAUCUAUUCAUUUGAAGCUAUUACGCUGGUGCUGCCGCUUAAAAAUGAAAUGAAAAAUCCACGGAAGUUUAGCAGUCCUCUAGGUGUCCUUAAUGUUGGUAUGGUAUUUGUCGCUGGAAUGUUCGUAACAAUGGGAUUCCUGGCGUAUCUUCAGUAUGGUGACAAAAUAGAGGGAUCUGUUACGCUUAAUCUUAAUUCUGAAGAAAUAUUGCCACAAUGUAUUAAAGUCGCUAUAUCUUUAAGCAUUAUGUUUACGUAUGCAUUGCAAUUUUACGUGCCCGUAGCAAUUAUGUGGCCGGAAAUAUUAAGAAGAUAUGGUCCAUUCCGUCAUCCAGUUAUCGUAGAAACUUGCUUCCGAUCAGCACUUUGUUUGGGAACAUUUAUACUUGCCGAAGCAAUUCCAAACCUUGGUCUCUUUAUAUCACUAGUCGGUGCAUUGAGCAGCACGGCGUUAGCAUUACUAUUUCCGCCAAUUAUUGAAAUAGUAGUACGCUCACAAAAUAAUACUCUUAGAUUUCUUGGAUUUAUAACUGGUACAUAUGAAAGUAUAACAGCUAUCAUAAAAGCAUUUAGUAAAAAAGAUUAG